UCGUGGGUCUCGGCGGCCAGUACCUUGGGUGGUCGCAGUUGUUGGGCGCGCGCAGCCUCGCCACGCAGCCCGCCCAGCUCGGUUCUGAAGUUGCCGCCACCGAGCUGGGGCACUGAGACCUGAUUGGCUUAUUCAGGAUUCUUUGCCCUUGCCUGGGAGAACAGUUCAGGAGACAGAUGGCCCCAAGACUACCAAGAGCCCAGAUCCAGGGAUCACUGACAUUUGGGGAUGUGGCUGUGGCCUUUACCCAGUUUGAAUGGAAAUACUUGGAUGCCACUCAGCGGGCCCUGUACAAAGAUGUGAUGCUGGAAAACUAUGGGAAUCUGCUGUCUGUGGGAUUUCUCUCUUACAAACCCAAACUAAUCACCCAGUUGGAGCAAGGGGCAGAGCCAUGGAUGGAAGUACAACAGAUCCCAUCAGAUAAUUAUUCAGUUCAGGAGUACUGGUUUCAAACAAAGAUGUCCACUAUAAAGCAAUGUACUUCUGAAGGAUCUGGUCUGGGAGAGCAAAGAAAAAGUGUCAUGAUGGAAAGAGGCCUGGACUGGGAGGGCAGAAGUUCCACAGAGAAGAUACAUUAUAAAUGUGAGGAAUGUGGGAAAGUCUUCAAAUAUAAUUCCUCUUUUAUUAGCCACCAGAGAAAUCAUACGGGUGAGAAACCCCAUAAAUGUAGUGAAUGUGGAAUAGCCUUUAUGAGCAGCUCAUCUCUUUUAAAUCAUCAUAAAAUUCACACAGGCAAGCAACCUUAUAGAUGUAUUGAAUGUGGGAAAUUCCUUAAGAAGCACUCAACAUUUGUUAAUCAUCAGAAAAUUCAUUCUAAAGAGAAACCUCAUAAAUGUAAUGAAUGUGGAAAAGCUUUUGGAAAGAACUCUAUCCUUUUACGUCAUCAGAGAAUUCAUACUGGUCAGAAACCCUACAAAUGUAAUGAUUGUGGGAAAGCCUUUACUCAGAAUGUAGCCCUUACUCGUCAUGAGAGAAUACAUAGUGGAGCAAAGCCUUUUAAGUGUAAUGAAUGUGGGAAAGCUUUUAGGGAUAACUCAACUGUGUUGGAACAUCUAAAAAUCCAUACUGGUGAGAAACCAUAUCAGUGUAAUGAAUGUGGAAAAACCUUUAGGAAGAGCUCAACUCUUGUUAGUCAUCAAAGAAUGCAUACAGGGGAGAAACCCUAUCACUGCAGUAAAUGUGGAAAAUCUUUCAGGUAUAGCUCAUCCUUUGCUGGACAUCAGAAAACUCAUAGUGGAAAUAAGCCCUAUCAAUGUAAUGAUUGUGGGAAAGUCUUUACAAAGAGCUCAACCCUUAUUGGACAUCAGAGAACUCAUACUGGAGAAAAGCCCUAUCACUGUAAGAAAUGUGGGAAAUCUUUCAGGCAUAGCUCUGGCCUUGUUGAACAUCAGAGGAUCCAUACUGGAGAAAAACCUUAUGAAUGUAAUGUAUGUGGGAAGGCUUUUCCCCAAAGUUCAGCCCUUAAACAACAUAAGAAAAUGCAUAACAAAGAAAAAAAGCCAUCAAAUGUAAUUAGUGUGGUAAAUCAUGCAGAAGUAGUUUAUUCCUUUUGAUACUCAAAGAAGAGACAUUCAACAAAUCACACAUUUAAGAAAAAUAGUCUGUGUACCUGUAUCCUGGAGAACUUCCCACUUGUGAGGAUGUUCACUGUAGUAUGGUUUGUACUAGUGAAAUAUUUGAAGAACCUAAAUGUCUAUCAAUUUGGAAAUAGUUACUAUAGAACAUGAUAUAGGAAGUAAAAGGAAUGAGGUAGAGCUUCUUAUAGAGCCAUAGAAAUAUCCCCAUGAUACCUCGUUCAAGUUAAAAAACCAAGUUGCAGAAAAUCUACAUAUUGUGGUCUAAUUUAUAUUUAAAAAAAUAAAGCUAUUUUUAUUUGUUCAUAUAUAUCCUGUGUAUUAAAAAACAC